AUGUUCUUGAUAAAGAUAACAAAAACUGUCUCUGCUAAGCAUAAAAUUGUAAAACAUGUUAAUCAAAUGAUGGUAAAAUAUGCCAAGACUGUAAUAAUCAAUACAAAUUAGAUGGAAAAGGAUAGUGUAUUUUUGAUUGUUUAGUAUAAAAUUGUGUAAAUUGUGCUUCAAAUGAUUAGAAUAAAUGUCAAUAGUGCUUACCAGAUUAUGAUUUAAGCCCAACUUAAAUUUGUGUUAGCAAAUGUUAAGUUUAAAAUUGCUAAACUUGUGAGUUAGGUAAUCCUUUAAAGUGUUCAGUAUGCAACGUUAAUUACCAAGUAAACUCAAGUAAAUAAUGUGAGUUAGUUUGUAAUGUAUAAAAUUGUUAAGAAUGCUAAUCUAAUGAUCCUAAUAUAUGUAAAAAUUGUGUUUAAAAUUAUCAACUUGAUAAAGAUAAUAAAAGUUGUUUAUGCUAAGUAUAAAAUUGUAAAACAUGUAAAUCAAAUGAUGGCAAAUUAUGUCAAGACUGUAACAAUCAAUAUAAAUUAGAUGGAAAAGGAGAAUGUAUUUUUGACUGCUUAGUAUAAAACUGUUUAAAUUGUGUGA